AUGUCACAUUCUUGCGAGCUAACACUCGUCUCCGGAGAGGAGAAUGAACCAGACCCGCACCCUUCGGAGAAACCCGAUCGAGUCGUCAUCCUGAUGGGCCGUACAGGCAAUGGAAAGUCAACGCUGGCCAACGUUAUCGCCGGUCGACCACGAGGAGACCUCUUCCCAGAGUCCGCUAGAGUGCUAUCGGAGACUGUUGGAACUCCUUCAAAGCGAGUCGCUGUGAGGUACGGCACAUCUCCCCGUAAGCGAUAUGUCCUGAAAAUCGUGGACACGAUCGGGUUUGGCGAUACGGGGAAGUCUGCCGCGGAUGUGCUAAAACAGCUUGGAGAUCUGGCAUCUGAUUGCCGUAGUGGAAUUCAUCAGCUGUUAUUCGUAACUCGAGGCCGCUUUACAAAAGAAGAAGAGGACGUGUUCGAUCUCGUUCGGACAGUCAUAUUCGAAUCAUCCAUCAUACACCACAUCUGUGUUGUGCGCACAGGCUGUGACGACUUUGAGGACGAGGAGCAGAAUGAGGCCAUGCGACGCGAGCUUCGGACUGCACUGCCAUUGCUGAAGUCAGUCAAGAUCAUUCCGGUCAAUAAUACCAAGGUCACCAGGCGCAACGAGCGUGGUGCCCUGGAGGAGAGAGCAAUCUCCCGACAGCGACUGCUGACGCAUUUGAUAACACAAUGCUCCUCUGCCUACGUGCCGAGUCGUGACGUUAUUCGCGGCGUGCAAGGCAGAAUUGAAGGCCACGUUCGUGAACAAAAUCGACAUGAACGAGAACUCCAGGAAACCAAGACAAAAUUGCUGGAGUUCAAAAGUCAGGUGCAGCGUCAGAAGAAUCAGCAGGAUAUCGACAAGCGGAACAUGGAUGCAGACAUUGCCCGCAUGCGCUCACAAGAGCAGUCAGCCAUUGCCGAAGCGCAGAGGAGCACAAGACAAUUGGAAAGUGCUCAACGAGAUCUAGAACGAAACCAAGCCGACCUGCGAUCAAAGGCAGAAUCUAUGACACGCGACACAAGUGUACAGGAUCGUCUCCGGCGAAGGGUGCGAGACCUGAAGCAAGAGCUUGAAGAAAUUAAUGCUUGGCUCGCAAUAAGUGAAGCAGCAGAAUCAAAGAUGCGGGACUAUCUUCUGUCUUUGGAAGCGAUUUUAUCUGAUGCGAACUCAGCAGUUACCCGUUUUAGCGCGCAUGAAUAG